AUGUCUGCUAAUGCAUUGAAGCUGGAGCUUCCUUGGGUCGAAAAAUAUAGGCCACAUCUACUGAAGGAUAUUGUGGGUAAUGAGGAAACGAUAACCCGCCUGCAACAAAUUGCACAGGAUGGUAAUAUGCCACACUUGAUUAUCAGUGGCUUACCAGGUAUUGGUAAGACCACCUCGGUGAGUUGUCUGGCCCAUGAACUGCUGGGAAACGCAUAUUCACAGGCAGUGCUGGAGCUCAAUGCAUCUGACGAUCGAGGAAUAGACGUUGUCAGAAACCAAAUCAAGCAGUUUGCGCAGAAGAAGUGCAGUUUGCCCCCUGGGAGACACAAGAUCGUGAUUCUGGACGAGGCAGACUCUAUGACUGCCGGUGCUCAACAGGCAUUGAGAAGGACUAUGGAGAUUUACUCUAACACUACUCGUUUUGCUUUUGCAUGCAACCAGUCAAACAAAAUUAUAGAGCCGCUGCAGAGUAGGUGUGCCAUUUUGCGUUACUCUAAGCUGCAAGACGACCAAGUACUGAGGCGGUUGCUUGAGGUGAUUCAGGCUGAAAACGUCCAGUACACUAAUGAUGGGCUUGAAGCGAUCAUCUUCACUGCUGAAGGAGACAUGCGACAAGCGCUCAAUAACUUACAGAGUACUGUUGCUGGCUACGGCCUUGUUAACGGUGAGAACGUCUUCAAAAUCGUAGAUUCCCCUCACCCGCUGAUAGUAAAGCGUAUGCUGCUUGCACCCUCGCUAGACGAGUCGCUUGCGCUCUUCAAGGAGCUUUGGAACAAGGGGUACUCUGCAGUCGACAUAGUAACAACUUGCUUCCGUGUCACUAAAAACCUAGAUGAGAUAAAAGAAGCUGUAAGGUUGGAGAUGAUUCGCGAAAUAGGUUUCGCGCAUAUGCGAAUUCUGGAGGGUGUUGGCACUUACCUACAGCUAGCAGGUAUGCUUGCUAAGAUAUCAAAAGUUAGAGGUUUGUAA